CCUCUACUCAGGAAUUUGGGACAUCUUCUCAGAACCACCAGAGUGAAAGCAUGGAGACCAGCAGCACACCUCAAACCACCCUCACAGAGGUGACCACACCCACCCCUUCACCCUCUCCAAAUACACGCACUCAGACACAGUCAGAAAGAGCCACUCCAUAUACCCACACCAUGAGCAGUUCACUUCCAAGUACACCCUCUACAGAAUCUACCUCAGAGAAUACAGGACACACAACUGCAAUAGUUACCCAAAGCUCAGCACCAGCCUCCACAGAGGACUCAAUGACACCCUCAGCACAGGAACUGUCCACAGUGCCUACACUCAGCACCUCUACUCAGGAAUUGUCAACACCUUCUCAGAACCACCAGAGUGAAAGCAUGGAGACCAGUAGCACACCUCAACCCACCCUCACAGAGGUGAGCCCACCUACUCCUUCACACUCUCCAAGUGGCUCAAGUCCUGCACAGUCAGGGUCCAAAGUGACAUCAUCUCCAGUUCAAGCAACAAACCCAUCCUCUUCUAGUGUGACUAAUAGAUCUCCAGCCACAUCAGAGAUGCUAACCACAACACCCUCUACAGCCUCUUCCCCAGGAAGCACAACUUCAUGGAUUACCCAAAACUCUGUAACUGCUACAGAAAUCUCAAUGACAUCUUCAGCACAGGAACUGUCAACAGUGUCAACACCCAUCAAAUCUACUGGAGAUUUGUCAACAUCUUCUCAGAACGACCAGAGUGAAAGCAUGGAGACCAGCAGCACACCUCAAACCACCCUCAUAGAGGCGUCCACACCCAGUCCUUCACACUCCCCAAGCGGCUCAACUCUUGCACAGUCAGGGUCUCAAAACGACCAGAGUGAAAGCAUGGAGACCAGCAGCACACCUCAAACCACCCUCACAGAGGUGACCACACCCACCCCUUCACCCUCUCCAAGUGUCUCGACUCCUGCACAGACAGGGUCCCAGGUGACAUCAGUUGAAACAACCAACCCAUCCUCUUCCAGUGUGACCAACACAUUCCCAGCCACAUCAGAGAAGCCAACCACAGCACCAUUUACAGACUCUGCUCCAUGUUACCAACAGAUCUCUAGCCACACCAGAGGUGCUAACCACAGCAGCCUCUACAGUCUUCACCUCAGGAAAUACAGGGCAUACAUCUCCACAAAGUUCCUCCUCUGUGACUACUGGGGUGCCAAUGACAAAUUUGCCCAGUGUCCCGUCAACAUUGUCAACACCCAUCACCUCUACUCCUUCUCCCUCCCCGAUUACCCUUCUACAGCCACAUCAGAUGUAUUCAGUGCUACAUAUGCCACUUCAGUAAACACAGUGCAUACACCUACACAUGCAUCUGGGAGCCCCGGUGUUGUCACAUCAAGAGACUCAACUCUAGCUGCACAAUCAACAAUCCUAGCGGACAGCACCUCUACUCUGCCAUCAUCUACACAUUCUCAGAGUCACCACAGUACAAGCAUGACCACCUCCAGCAUAUCUCAAACCAGCACCCUCACAGAGAUGACCACACAAAGCCAUUUGUCCUCUUCGCCUGGACCUAAUAUGACAGACAUCCCCUCUCAUGGAACAUCCUCCUCAGGAAUGACCACAAGCUCCCUGAAGACAGACAGUGACAGAGGCACAUCACUCUCUGUUACCUCCGUGACCUUUACCGCUCCCAGCUCAAGCACAGCCUCCAGGUCAACAGUAUCCUCACUCCCUAGUUUCUCAGAGCAGGGCAUUUCCCUCUUCCCCUACGGGACAAGCCCUCAAGUUGGAGACCAGCAGUUUUUUGCCAGGACUGUGGAUUUCACCUCCAGGCUCUUUAAGCUCCAGAUUGGCUUUCCGCUUGGCUCCUCUCUGCGGGAUUCCUUCUACUUCACAGAUAAUGGCCAGAUCAUUUUCCCAGAGUCAGACUACAGCAUCUUCUCCUACCCCAACCCACCUCAAAGUGGCUUCACGGGAAAGGAACGUGUAGCCAUGGUGGCCCCAUUCUGGGGUGAUGCUGAUUUCUCUAGCUCCAGGGGAGUCAUAUUUCACCAGGAAUACAACACACUUUAUGGUGAAAACAUUGGGCUAGUCCGGGAGGUGGAGACUUUGAUUAAUGAGUUCACAGGUGACUGGACCUACAAAGCCAAGUGGACACUGAAAGUCACCUGGGUUAACGUUCCUGCCUAUCCUGCCCAGUGGAGCUAUGGGACCAAUACCUACCAAGCCAUCCUCUCCACAGAUGGGAGCAGUUCCUAUGCCCUGUUUCUCUACCAGAGUGGAGGGAUGCAGUGGAAUGUGAUCCAGGGUCUGGGCAACCAAGUCCUCAUGGGCUUCUCCAGUGGAGAUGGGUAUUUUGGAAACAGCCCGCUGACAUUCCAGCCAGCCACGGAGAAGUACCGUCCAGAUCGAUUCCUGAAUUCCAAAUUAGGCAUCCGGGGGGUGCAGGUCUACAGGCUACAUAAGGAGGUGAGGCCCAACUACCGACUCAAAUGUCUAUGGUGGCUGAACAACCAACCUCCGAGGCCCAGCUGGAGCUGGGGCUGGAGCCAGCUUUCCUGCCCUUGCUCCUGGCAGCAGGGACUAUGGGACUUUCGGUUCUGGCGCAUGACAGGUUGGUGGAAUAGCGGUAGCAGGCAGUUAUGCAGCUUCUCCUCCUGGAGAGGUGGGGUGUGCUGCAGCUACGGCCGCUGGGGAGAGUUUCGAGAAGGCUGGAGGAUGCACAGUCUUUGGCAGUUUGAACAGGAACAGGAGGCACAGAAAUGGUGCUGCCACCUCAACGACAAGCCCUCCUUCUGUGUCCAGUACCAUCACAGGCGGCCCCGCGUUAGCUGUGCUUGGUACAGGCCCCCACGGUUCGCUUGGACAUAUGGCGACCCCCACAUCACCACUCUGGAUAAUGCCACUUACACAUUCAAUGGGCUGGGGGAUUUUCUGCUGGUCCAGGCCCAGGACACAAACUCCUCCUUCCUGCUGGAGGGCCGCACUGCCCAGACCGGCUCUGCCAAGGCCACUAACUUCAUUGCCUUUGCUGCUCAAUACAACACCAACAGCUUGGCUUCUCCCAUCACAGUUCAAUGGUUCCUGGAACCCAAUGACACAGUCCGAGUUCUACUCAAUAACCAGACUGUAGCCUUUAACACCAGCCAGACGGAUGAAGGCUUGCCAAUGUUCAAUACCACUGGGAUCCUCCUGACUCACAAUGGCUCCCAGGUCUCAGCCAGUUUUGAUGGGACAGUGGCCAUCUCUGUGAUUGCUCUUUCCAACAUCCUCCAUGCCUCCACCAGUCUCCCAGAGGAGUACCGCAACCACACGAGGGGGCUCCUGGGAGUCUGGAAUGACGAUCCAGAAGAUGACUUCAGGAUGCCCAACGGCUCUACCAUCCCCCGAAACAGCUCUGAGGAGACCAUUUUUCACUAUGGAAUGACAUGGCAAAUCAAUGGGACAGGCCUCCUCGGGCUAAGGACAGACCCUCUGCCUUCCAACUUCACCCCCAUCUUCUUGUCACAACUGUUGAGCACCUCAAAUGAAAGCAUGACCUUGGGCUGCAAGGGAGAUGUACAAUGCGUGUUUGAUGCCCUGGCCACAGGAAACGCAACCACGGGACAAAACACCAACGCAAUCCUUAAAACAUUCCAGCAUGUGAAUGGCACCCUCAACCAGUACCCGCCCUCUGUCAACUGCCCCAAUGAAAUUCGAGCCUACAAGGGGAAGACAGAGAUCAUUGAGAUCACCAGCAACUCUAAGGAUGUCACAUUCAACCUCACCAACCAGUGCAGUGGCUUUAAACUCCUCGAAAAUGGAAGUUUGCAGUGGACACCAACACUUCCAGAAGUGUGUAUCCUGGAGAUUCUAGCAACAGAUGCGAGGACUAACUUGUCAUCCAUACUCCAGCCCAGGACUGUGGCUUGCUUCUGCAGUGUGGAGAGCCAGUGUUUCUACAGUGAGACCAGCAGGGAAGGCAAUGCUUCCCUUGAGGUGACGAGCUGCAAGUGUGAUGGGGACACGUUUGGCCGCUUCUGUGAACGCUCCAAGAACCACUGUGAAGAGCCAUGCUUCCCAAAUGUGUCCUGCAUUCCUGGGAAGGGCUGUGAGGCCUGCCCUCCAAACAUGACUGGAGAUGGGCGUCACUGUGCAGCUCUAGAGGACUCUUUAGUCUGCCAGAACCAUUCCUGCCCUGUGAAUUACUGCUAUAACCAUGGCCACUGCUACAUAUCUGGGGCUCCAGACUGCCAGCCCACUUGCACCUGCCCGCCAGCCUUCACUGAUAGCCGCUGCUUCCUCGCUGGGAACAAUUUUACUCCCACUGUCUAUAAAGAGCUGCCCUUCAGGACCAUCGAGCUCUCACUCAGAGAAAACGAAAAUGCCUCCCGAGCUGACGUCAAUGCCUCGGUGGCAUACAGGCUAGAGACCCUGGACAUGCGGGCUUUUCUCUGGAACAGCCUAGUGGAACUGACAGGGAUCUCUCUCUCAGCACAGUCCUCCAACAAGCCAAUUCAACACUGGCGGGUCGUCUCCAACUUCCAGUACCGUCCCAGGGGCCCGGUCAUCCAUUUUUUGAACAACCAUCUGAUAGAUGCUGUGGUGGAGGCCUUCCUCCUCCAGACUCAGACGGGGAGGCAGAAGAAGAGCAGUGAGGAAGCCAGGAAGGAUGUCACCUUCUUCCCCAUCUCCAGGGCCGAUAUCCAAGAUGUGACGGCUUUGAACCUAAGUAUGCUGAACAAUUACUUCCUGUGUGAGGGCUACAAGAACUAUAGCCUGGUCUACAGCCCCCAGAACGGUGUCACCUGCGUGUCCCCAUGUAGUGAGGGCUACUGUCACAAUGGGGGCCAAUGCCAGCACCUACCAGAUGGGCCCCAAUGCAGCUGUGCAUCCUUUACCAUCUACACAUCCUGGGGCGAACACUGCGAGCACCUAAGUGUGAAGCUUGGAGCGUUCUUUGGGAUCCUCUUCGGGACCUUGGGUGCCCUCCUGCUGCUGGGGAUCUCGGCAUUUGCAAUCUUUCACUUCUGUGGCUGCUCCUCAAACAAGUUCUCCUACCCUUUGGAUUCAGUACUGUGAGGCCUUGCUUUGGAUGGGCAGCUGCAUCUAGGAUACCUCAGGACCCACC